AUGAAUCAAGCUACUAACGUUCAGCCACAAAAUAAUCACCACCAAAGGCUUCCAAAUAUUGGUGGAUCCCAAAGAACUCAAGGGAAUCAACAUAAUGCAAAUCUAUCCAUCAAUGCUACUGCCGUUCAACGUUAUGAUGAAUUAGUUGAAGGAGGGAAUCCAUUUAGCGGAUUACGAGGUUCAGAGAUUCCACUACAAAACACUGAAUUUCAAACUAUAUGGUUUUAA